GUAUGGAAACCGAGGGCAGGUUGACAGUGUACUCGGCUUUCAAAAGCAUUCCUCCCGAUCCACCAUUCAAAUUCAAGGAAGAUACUCUCCCCCCUCUAUCGUCACAGGAGGCCCCUGAAAGUCCCUCGUCGCCUAGCACAGAUUCAUGGGAUGUCUUCAUCACACCGUUGGAUGACUGCUUUCGAAAAGGCAACAAGAAAGAGGGGGGGAGAAGCCACGAUAGCAUGCGACGAACGGGCGAGUGUGACAGUUCCGAGGACACUCGAGAAGCGACGUGUCGGAAAGAAAUGCUUCUUCAGGCUCUUCAAGCUGUCGAAGUGAACUUUUAUAGGAAAUCCUCUCUCCUUCUGAGGUAUGUUGCGUGAUUUUUUUCGCCUGUGUUUACGGAAGCCCAAGUGAUUUAACAGAGUAUGCCGC